AUGGAGCAGCGCUCAUGUCUACCACGAUCCAACACAUCGUCGAGGAACUCGUCACCCUCAUCACGAAAGAGCGAAGUCAUGCUACCCCUGCCGGUUCAGUCUUCGCCUAGAAUUCCUGUCCGCGCACUCCUCAGCCACUGCUUCUAUCGGCGCGUCAUACUAUGGGCCAUCACCGCUACCUUUAUGUUGUGCCUCAUGCUGUUUUCCAGCGGGAGUACUUCUGAAGAUACGGCCACUUCCGACAUCCAGAGCUACACGAAGGGCAACCAAGGCUCCACUACUGGCAAUCAACAGGGGAACAGCAAUGGCGGUGGCGUUCACUGGCUGAAAUACAAGCACAUGGACGGCUUCUACAAUGGAAUUAAAACCCUUGUCUCGCUGAAGGACUAUAUCCCCGAGUUCCCUGUCAAGGCAGCCACUCCUCCGACCAUCACUGUCGAGGUCAGCGAUGAGGUGCCAACUCCAAGGCCCUACGCACCCCAUCCUGACUACAACUCAUCCGAGUAUACCGACAAGUUCUAUCCCGUGGAGACAUGCUACCUUGAUGAGAAGAAAACCAUUCCUGUUCCCGAUUUGUAUGUCUACGACGGUGUCCCGCAGGGUGUUGCCCAACCGGCAAUCGGAUCCUACAGCCUGCUGGGCCUUCGAGAGGACAUAUGUUACGAUCGUUUUGGUCGCUACGGACCGUACGGACUGGGCUACAACCUGAAGGACGGCGGAGUCGGAGAGGGCAUGGACACCGAGAGCCAGGGCAGCGAAGUUGUAUGGAGCAAGACUGGAAAGAUUGACUACCACAAGGUGGACUGGGGAAGGCUGCAACGGCAAUGCCACGAAUCAAACCAACAACGAUUUCUGAACGCUGAGGAGCUUGGUGAGAGUGAUGAAUCGACCAGCACCAAGGACGCACAGUCCCGUCUUGGCUCUGAUGGCAGGGCGAAGAUUGGCCGCAUUGCGGUCGUCAUCCGAACUUACGUCGGCUUCCAAUGGACGCAUUUGACCAUUCUGAACUUCCGGGCCAUGAUUUCCGAGCUGUCGCUGAGAUCAGGUGGGGAGUAUGACAUUCACUUCCUGCUUCACGUCAAGGACAACUCAAUUCCCAUCUGGGCGGAUGGAGAGAUCGUGCAGGCCGUGCUGGAUAUGAAUAUGCCGGGUGAGUUCCACUCGAUCACGACCCUCUGGUCCGAGGACCAGAUGCGGCUGCUUUAUCCUGGCUAUUGGGGAGAGCCUGUGGAAAACCCAUCCCAGAGCGAUGUCUACGGGGUCUACCGGUCCGCGCACAUGCCACUACAGCAUUUCGCCAUGAUGCAUCCCGAAUACGAGCACUUUUGGAACUGGGAGAUGGAUAUGCGGUACUCGGGCAACUACUACGAACUCUUUGAUCGGCUCGGGAGCUGGGCCAAGAAGCAGAGUCGCCAAGAGAUGUGGGAGCGCUCGGAGAGGUACUACAUCCCUGAUUUCCAUGGCAGCUGGGCCAAUUUCACAGAGAAGGUUCACGAGGAGGUUGUGGCCUCAAGCCGACGACCUGUCAUGGGGCCUGUCUUGUUCGCUGGCAAGCAGCCUCUCCGCUCUCAGGAACGUGGCCAGAGCUUCUUGCCGGAGUCCUGUGCCGUUGGCUCCGAUAUGACAAAGUGUGGUGUGGGCGAGGAGGCCGACCUCAUCACGCUGAACCCUCUCUUUGACGCCGAUAACUCCGGCUGGGUUUUCGAAAAAGAUGUAACCGGCUAUGACCUCAGCUUGCCAACACCUCCUCGUCGCUGUGCGAUUGUCACGGCCUCGCGCCUGUCCCGUCGCCUCCUAGAAGUUAUGCACGAAGAGACAUGGCGUCGGCACCACAGCAUGUUCUCCGAGAUGUUCCCUGCCUCGAUGGCACUGCAUCAUGGACUGAAGGCGGUCUACGCACCUCAUCCAGUCUACCUUGACAGAAACUGGGACAUCGAGGCCGUCGAUUGGGCUUUCAAUGGCGGCAGAGAUCACACUACUGGUGGUCCCGGUUCUCCCUUUGACGACGACAACGAACACAACCAUGCAGGUACGAGCUGGUACUACAACAGCGAGUUUGCGGGCCUGUGGUGGCGCCGUUGGCUGGGCUACUCCCAGUAUGACGGUCGCGGCGAAAAUGGCGGCCGUGCCGGUGAAGGAACCCUGCGCGGUGGAAAGGCGGAGGAGAGUCGCAAGGACAGCACAGGCCGGCUGUGUAUGAGGAGCACCUUGUUGCAUCCUAUCAAGUGGGAGAACCCGAGCGAGAGGGCAUGA